AUGGUUUGGGGUUUCUUCCCCGAUGACCCUCUCUCAGGUGAAGAUAAGUUCUAUAUCUUCGCAAGGGGAACGUACAAAGUGGGUCGGAAAGGUUGUGAUGUAAAUAUUACUAAAGAUAAAGGAGUUUCUCGGGUCCAUGCGGAAAUAGUUGUUGAUGCAAUGAUUUCUGCCCCCCUGCAAACAAAAUCUUCUAUUCUAUCUUCAAAAGUUCGAAUUAGAGAUUGCUCAAAGUAUGGAACAUUUAUUAACAAGAACCUUACAUCGAUGGAAAAGAUUCAUGAGUUACCGAAUAAAGAAACAUCACUAAGAGAAGGGGACUUGGUUUCAUUUGGUACUGGCAAUGCAAUCUACAGAUUUUCCUUUGUUCCACUCAUUUUCUUUGCGUGCUGCUCAGAUCCAACCCAAGUGAAUCAUGCCCUUGAAGAUAAACUUUCAUCAUUUGGUGCUCAUAUCACUUAUCAUCUGAGUCAGGAGUGCACACAUGUGCUUGUUGACCAACUCAUGCCAGUAAAAGAAGAUAUGCUGGAUGCUAUUGUGGCAAAGAAACCUUUUGUUCUUGGUAGUUGGGUUGAGUUUCUUGCAGAAAAAAACAUUCGCACAGAGCUUCCUAGUUGUGAAUCCUUUGCUCCAACACUAACAUUUGAAGGAGUAUCAGUCAAACUUGCAGACCCGAGAACUCGUGAGAACUGUUUGGAAGAGUACACCUUUUUGUUGGACUCAAAACCUGUGUACAAAUUCAUGAAUCGCUUGCGGUCCUUACUGGAAGUGAGUGGUGCGAAGAUUCUUUCGAUUGAUGGGUUUAAUUUGAAUAGCCAAAGCUCAGAUUGCGGAGAAAAUGAUCAUGUUGUAUGUGUUAUCCCAGAACAAUCAUCAGAUGAUUGGUUCAAUAAGCUUGGUUCACUAUUAAGAGUGAAUGAGACUGGCUUAAUAUCUGCCAUUUUAAAUGGACGGCUGGAUCCAGCUAUGUUAAAGUCACCUUGUGUAGUUGUAUCAUCUUCAUGCUCCACAGAUGAAACUGUGGUAGCUGAUUCUGAUACGGAAGAAAUAGCCACUUCAGUUUUGGCAACUGCAUCUCUUGGCACCAAAGGAGUUGUAGAAAAUGUACCCCAUGAAAUCUCCAUGAAUCAAGCAGCUCCUAAAUCCGAGGAUAACUAUGUCAUGAGCUAUCGACACAGUAGUGACAUAUCCACUGUAAGAGGCAAGCUUGAUGAAUCUGAAAGUGGAAAUGUAGAUAUUAUUUAUAGCCAAGAUUUGAUUGUGCGAGAUGCAAGCAUACCUUGUACCAUUGCUACUACUGCAAACCACAGAGUUGUAAAUUUCAAACGCUUCAGAAAGGCAAAUAUUCAAUCUGGGAAUAGCUUCAACAAUAUUAUUCCAUUCUUAAAAUACCCAUAUAAAGAUUCUGACUAUGGGGGUGAGGAAGUGCUAGAGUCUGUGAAAGAAGAGAAAAGGAGAAAGCAAAUGGAAGCUGUUUCUGAAGAAUUAUUUAAUAACGAAGGGAGUCGUCGUCGUGGCGUAGCUGGUUCUAUUCGUGGGAUUCUUAGUCAUGGCAAAACUGUCACAGCAGCAGCAGCAUGGCUAGCAACUACACAACUAACUAAGCGCAUUCAGGAGCCAUCGAUAAUUCUUCUGGGAAAUGUCCAUUUCGGGAUGAGAACCAGCAGGGAAGUGUGA